AUGCUCCUCUUCAACGAAGAACUAGCGCUUAACCUCACCAUCUCCCUGACCGAGACAGUGGCCUUACUCUGGACCACCAAUUUCGUAUCAGAAUUGUCUUUCAAAAGCCUGUUUCUGGUCGUACUUGCAAUCAAUUUUGCCAUCCAGUUGGUAUGGGAUUUAUUGAUUUAUCCGUUUUAUGUGGAUCCAUUACGACAUGUUGCUACUGUUCCGGGCAAAACAAACCAAAUGGCUAUAUUACUGGACUCUCCCCGCGGGCGUCUCCCACUAGAAUGGAUGCGCACAAUCCCUAAUGAAGGUCUAAUCCAUUUCCGCGACACAUUCCGACGCAGUUAUCUCAUCGCUACAAGCCAUCAGGCCCUCUUGGAUGUAAUGAGUACGAAUACAUAUGACUUUGAAAAACCGUGGAAAGUGCGUACGUUUUUGGCGCGGAUUUUAGGGUUCGGGUUGAUAUUAUCAGAAGGGAAUGCACAUCGAGUCCAGAGAAGGGCGUUGACGCCAGCGUUUAACAUUAAGAAUAUUAGGUCGUUGUAUGGCCUUAUGUGGGAGAAGACGAAUGUUUUGUUGGCGCAGUUGGAGGAGGAGAUGAGACUUAAUCCCGUGGAGGGGAUGCAUGGGGAUGGGAGGAUGGGGAAGGUUGAGAUGUCUGUAUGGGCGAGUCGUCUUACACUCGAUGUCAUCGGUCCCGUAGCAAUGGGUCGCGAUUUUCAAUCUCUAAUCAACAAAAAGAAUAAAGUCGCAGAUAGCUUUUUAGCAAUCCUCGAACCAUCACGCGAAAAGUUAAUUUUUUUGGGUGUCAAUUUCCUUCUUCCGCAAUGGUUCGCUCGACGUAUACCCUGGACACUGAAUAGGGUUGUUGAUAAAGAAACUGACUUCCUACGUGCUGUAUGCCACGAUAUUGUCCGCGAGAAGAGGGAAGCGCUCAAAUCACACAAACUUGAAACAUUGGAGGUGGAUAUCCUCGGGACGAUUAUGUUGCGAGGAGAGUUUUCUGAUGAUGAGUUGGUGGAUCAGAUGUUGACAUUUCUCGCUGCAGGACACGAAACAACUGCAAGCGCUCUGACAUGGGCAUGUUAUCUCCUCUGUCUCCAUCCAGAAGUCCAAACCCGACUAAGGGACGAAAUACACUCUACGAUUCCCUCUGCCGAACAUGACAUAACAUGGCACCAACUUGAAUCCAUGCCCUUACUGAACGGGGUCUGUCAAGAAGUCCUUCGCCUCUACCCUACAGUCCCCGCCACAAUCCGUGAAGCAGUCCGCGACACAACCAUAGCCAACACACGCAUUCCCCGUGGAAUACGAAUAAUCCUAUGCCCCUAUGCGAUAAACCGAAGUCCACAAUUCUGGGGUGAUACGGGCGACUCAUUCAUCCCCGAACGAUGGAUUGAUAUCGAUGACCAAACGGGAAACUCAGUUGUGAAUCAUCACGGCGGCGCACCUACGAAUUUUGCGCAGAUUACCUUUUUGCAUGGACAGAGGUCAUGUAUUGGGAAGGAUUUUGCGAGAGCGGAGUUGCGUUGUGCUGUUGCUGGGGUUGUGGGGAGGUUUGUGUUGGAGAUGCAGAGGCCGGAAGAGGAGAUUCAUAUUGCGGGUGCGGUUACGACGAAGCCGAAGGAGGGGAUGCAUUUGAAAAUGACGAGGGUGGAGGGCUGGUAA